CAUUCAGUGGCGUUAGUGUUUUUGUAGGCAGGACAUGUUGGUUUAGUGAAUAACCUACUUUUUUUUUAUAUUAAUAACGACUCUUAGUGUAUUAGGUACAGCACACGCAAACAUGGAGAUCGGCACAGAGAUAAGCAAGAAAAUACGGGCUGCUAUCAAGGGAAAACUUCAAGAACUCGGUGCCUAUGUUGACGAAGAGUUACCAGACUAUAUCAUGGUGAUGGUGGCCAACAAGAAGACUUCACAGCAGAUGUCUGAUGACCUGUCCCUCUUCCUCGGCAACAAUACCAUCAAGUUUACUGUCUGGUUACAUGGAGUCCUGGAGAAGCUGAGGUCUGUGGCUGUAGAACCCGCGUCCCUGAGGCCUCAGCUGUACUCCGACACUGGCACCUCGUCAGGGAAGAGUGAGUGGAAGGGGGAGGAGUCAAAGGGCCUUGCGGUGUCCAGCUCACGCUCUGAUAGGACAGAGGCCCGUGUGUCAAGCUCCGCCCAUGAGCACAGAAGGGUCUCCUCAGACAAAACCUCCUUGUCCCGCCUCACCUCCGCGGUCAAGCCCCUGAUGGACCCUCCCUCCUCUGAGGCCGUCAUCGACAUCAAGCCCGAGCUAGACGAUGACCUCAUCGGCGAGGACCCCGUGGACAUGGGCGUCCUCCCAGGUCGCCUGCGUGGAUCCACCUCCGGAGGAGGGCGGGCAUCAGCUCAGAUCUACAGGCCACCCCAGGGCAGGUCCUCCUCGGGGACAGGCAGGUCGGCGGACGCCUAUAGGUCCUCAGAGGGGUCCUCGGGGUCUCACAGCAGGCAGCAGCACAGCAGCUAUCACCUGGACAGUAGGAGUAGCAGAGACAGCAGGACAUACAGAGAGGGAGGCAGCAGCAGGCAGCAGGAGGAGGCUUCGAGGAAGCGCAAAGCCCCGGUGGUGAGCUCCGUGGUGCGGGUGAACCAGGCAGCAGACGGGGGUCGAGACAGUGAUGAGGAGGAGGAUGAUGAUGAGGAAGAUGAAGGAUACGGGGUCAAGAACCUGUCCAGCAGAGUGUCCCUGCCUUCCAAACCAGAACGCAAACCCUCCCUGCCCCCGGCCAAACAAGCCAACAAGAACCUGCUACUGAGGGCUAUGUCUGAGGCCCAGAUCUCUAUCAACAAGACUGCAGCCUACCCACCUAUACCACAGAGACAGACGGUUCCGGUGGCGCCCAGGACGCGUUCAACCGCUGACGAGAUGAACGCAGCCAUCCAGCUGGUUCAGGAGCACCUCCACGGCCUGGUCCCCAGGGGGCAGUCUUACACCCCCUCAGAGCCUCAGCCCCCCAGGCAGCUAGUAGUUCAGUCUCGGUCCCUGGCCUCUCGGCUGCAGUUAGACGUGCCAGAAGACAACAUGAGCGCACAGCACAGUGACUAUUUAGCUCUGGAGGUGGCUGAGGGGAGUGUUCUGAAGCCAUUUGACACACGCUCCUUCAUCGUGAGGAGACCUGAACUGGAGGAGGAGCUGGUUCCUGUCCGGAGCAGACUGGGACAACUGGACAAGGUGCCUAUGACGAGUAGGCUGGGGUUAGAGGAGGUGCCACCUCCUAUGAGGAGUGGACUGGAGGAAGUGCCACCUCCUAUGAGGAGUAGACGGGAGGAGACCACAGUGCCUAUGAGGAGCAGGCUGGGAGCCAUGGUCAAGGAGGAGAUCCAGCCAGCUACUCCACGCAUGGUGCAGCCAGCCAGCAGUGAGAAGGCUGAAGCCGCGGGGUCAGCCAGUCCUAAAUUCAUUGUGACUCUGGAUGGGGUUCCUAGCCCCCUGGGUAACCUAGGAGACUGCGACAUGGAGGCAGACGACAGUUAUCCUAAACCAACCAAGACCACCAUGCCUGACCCCUCCAUCCACCUCGGAACAAAACCCAAACUCAGCAUCCACCACAGACUGCAGGGGGAACCACAAUACCCUGAUGAGUUAGGGAUGGAGACCGAGGAGGAGGAGGCGGGUCCUGUGAAGAGACAGAAGGUUCUGGAGAGGUGUAAGUUCUGGCCCGUCUGUAAGAGUGGAGAUGAGUGCGUUUACCACCACCCUACCACUCAGUGCAAAACCUUCCCCAGCUGUAAGUUUGGGGACAAAUGCCUGUUCGUCCAUCCUAACUGUAAGUUUGACGGCAAGUGUUCCAAACCAGAUUGUCCCUUCACUCACGUCAGCCGCAGAGGACCUGCCCCCUACGCCCCCCCAGUCAGACCAGUACCUCCAGUCCAGACCAGCAGUGUCUGCCGUUUCUUCCCAGAGUGUAAGAAGAUGGACUGUCUCUUCUACCACCCCAAGCCUUGUCGGUUUGGAGCCCAGUGUAAACGUACUGGCUGCACCUUCUACCACCCCACUGCCUCGGUCCCUCCCAGACACGCCCUCAAGUGGACUAAGGCCCAGAGCAGCUAGACUACAAGAGUACCUGAGACUGACCGAGUCAAGAUGAUGUGAAGCUAUAGAACAGGGUUCCCCAACUGGUGGCCCGCGGGCUAAAUUUGGCCCGCAGGUGAUUUUAUUUGCCCCCCCCCCAACCCUCCGCCCCCAAGUUUUCUGAGCAAAAUAAAGUGUUUAUUAUUGUUGGACGUAAGACUGUAAAAACACCAGCAUUUCAGCUUCAAGUGAAAUUUUAACUUUGGGAAUGUGUUCCAAACUAUUCCCAUGCAUAAUAGAGAUUUGAUUGUAUACAAAUGUAAGCAAAGUUUGAAGUAAUUGUUUUAGUCAAAUAUAUCCGUUUGGGCUUCUUGCUGUCAAUUUACAGUCUACAAUUUUUAUUAUGUUCUGGCCCCCUGAGCAUUCUUUUGAAUUUUGUGUUGCCCGUGAAUCUAGUUUUUGAUCCCUUCCUGUAGAAGAUAUGAUGAUACUGUUCAGUUAUUCUUUUAUUCUCUUACGGUUUAAUUAUCAACGAUCUGGUCAGUCCUUUUAUUUGUUUUUAUUUCAUUUUGUGAAACUGACAUUUUUUUUUUUUUAACCAGACAAAACUUACAGGGUUUUGUAAAGUUGUUGUACUGCAUAUUUUGUUUUGAUAAUGUUGAAAGUAUAUUAAAAUACUCCCA